UUUAGUGCGAUUCGAUCGGAGGGACAACACUGCGUAAUAGCUGGUUGGCUUGUAGUGGCUGCGUGGUAGUUAUUACAGCAACGUCAACUGGGCAGGGUGGACAGCGAGAUCCCUUUGACCGUCAGCGGUCCUGAAGUUAGCCGUCGGUAAACUGUCUUCACCUAGAGCAAUGAGUUGCGAAUAGGACACGGAGAAUGUCGUUUAAGAAGGAGACGCCCCUCGCCAACGCAGUAUUUUGGGCAGCGCGGAAGGGAAACUUGGCUCUGCUUCAGCUGCUUCUCAAUAGUGGGCGCGUGGAUGCCGACUGCAAAGACUGUGUAUGGCUAACAGAGCAUUUAUGACAAGGCAAUGUGUCUCUCUCUGUUAUGGCACCACAGCCCUUAUGGUUGCCUCAUACAGCGGACACUAUGACUGUGCCCGGGAGCUCAUCAUGCAAGGAGCAGAUAUCAACUUGCAAAGAGAGACAGGUUCUACUGCACUCUUCUUUGCUGCCCAGCAGGGACACAAUGACAUUGUCAAGCUGCUGUUUGAGUUUGGGGCCUCCACAGAAUUCCGGACCAAGGAUGGUGGCACAGCCCUUUCUGCCGCUAGCCAGUAUGGCCACAGCAUAGUUGUCGAGACCUUACUGAAGAAUGGGGCAAAUGUCCAUGACCAGCUAAAUGACGGAGCCACCCCACUAUUCCUUGCUGCCCAACAAGGUCAUGUGACAGUUGUGCGUCAGCUGAUAUCAUCUGGAGCCAAAGUGAACCACCUGCGUGAGGAUGGCACUGCCCCCUUGUGGAUGGCAGCCCAGAUGGGCCACAGCGAGGUGGUGAAGGUCUUACUGCUGCGUGGAGCCGACCGCGACACGGACAGAAAGGAUGGUUCCACGGCCCUGUUCAAGGCUGCAUUUAAAGGACAUAAUCAAGUCAUUGAGGAGCUUCUGAAGUUCUCCCCCUCUCUGGGCCUUUUGAAGAAUGGUUCAACUGCUCUUCACGCAGCUGUCAUGGGGGGAAAUCCUAAGACUGUAUCACUUUUGCUGGAAGCAAAUGCGGAUCCAUCUUUACCAAAUAAUAAUAAUGAUUUCCCUGCUGAUCUUACUAAGAAUGACAGAAUCCUUUGGCUUCUACGACCAAACAUCGCCAAUGGAAGUUGAUGACCACUUUACCCUGGUCCUCAUGUUUGACCAUGGGUGUCCUAAGAAAUAAUGUACUUCCUGCCAGAGGUCAGAUAGCAAAGCAGUUUGGAUAUUCCAGUGAUAUUUAAGAGGAUAUAUUUUAUGGUGCUUGUUUGCAACUGAAGCUAUGAAUUAAAAAAAACUUGGUCUCUCAA